AUGCAUAUCUGGGCUUUACAAUUACCCACGGUGGCCCACCUAUGUAUCGAACCAGUGCUGCUAUCCUCGCAGACAGGUCGGGCACCAAUUUGCCGACCGCGAUGGGAUGGAAGAAUUGCUGAACCUUGGGCGCGGGGAUCGAUCCAAUGUGUAUUGCAGGGCUGCGCGGCCAUCAUUUGUACUCGCCACCACAAGCAGAUUCAGAUUAUCUUCGGCUUCCUGACAAACGUUUGUCCUGGGCCUCAACUCGGCUACGCUUUCGACUGUGCAUCUUCAAAGGUGAAUCACAGUAAAUGCUGCGAACGGGCCGGAAUCCAGAAUUUCCUGGCUGGUAGGUGUAUGCCGUUCUGUCGUGCGCAUACCGCCCAGCCGGCGAAUCCGCUCCAGUUCCUGCCUUGCCUCCAGGUGUUCGAGCCUAUCAAAAACUGCUAUCGCGACUAUAAAUCUACACACUCGAACUUUAUAGAGGACUAG